AUGACUGCUCCGCAACUUCCAACCUCAAAGCCGCUGUGGCACAAGCAGGUAGAGGAAAUGGGCCUUAAAGGUGAAACCCUCUUUACAAUUAGUCGAUUGAAUUCUGCCUCCAAGAUCGAACUACCCCAGUUCCUUAUGCUGCGGGCUCUUUAUCAACCGAAAUCUCGGUUGGACCUCGAGAAGCUUUUCGACCACGGUGCAGUCACGGAAGAAACGUGGAGUAUCACUAAGAAAUGCCUCGGCUCCUGCCAGGAAUACAUGGCGUAUCUUAGGAGCAUCUCUUCUGAGAAGGAGGUCCUUGGACCCUUUGAAAUGGCUCGUCUAUAUCAGAAGCGAUCAUCCGAGCUCAUCAGUAACUCGGAGUCCAGGCGGGAAGUAGACAGCUCAAAGAUAACUGUCCAAAGAAGGGUAACUCGCAGUCAGACCCGCGCCGAACAACAAGGCUCCCCGACGCCCAAGCCCAGUGAAGAAUUGCCACCGAGAAUGGAGAAACUCAGCCUGCACACGCCUAAGCAGCAGUCAGGAGAUGGCUCUUCCUCACCAGCUGGAGGAGACGAGCCCAGAUACCUGUUUAGCCCUACCUGUGGCACUCCAAUUCCCCCCAGCAUCGCAGACAAGGUGUAUAGGUUCAUUGAAGAUGAACAGAUUGUCAACUUUGCGCUGAUACUGCUUUUGGACACUCUCGUACUUACCUCCCCAUAUGUGGAGGGGUUUUGGAGCCCCUACCGGUCUCCCUUUUCCGUGCGUGACGGCGCUGAGGAGGUCUACCAAGCUCGUGUUGACGGCGUGUUCCGACGAGAGCGCGACCUACCGGGGAACAUGAUCGCCGAGGUCAAGCCGCAUAGCCGAAGCACAAAUGAGAUGAAUGUCAACAUGCAGGAGUCUGCGCAGAUGGCGGCCUGGAUCGCCGAAUAUCCGCAACUCGACAAGCAGAUAGCUCUCAAGAGAGCCACUCUGGGAAAACGCAAGGGGAUGACGAGCAAGCCUGCGGCACUCCCGGAGCCGGCGGAAAGGAAGGAGCCGAGACGCAAAUAUCGACGCGCUCUUAUUUCGCAGAACCGCCGGGAUGUGUUCAUUACAAUCGGCAGUUACGACGAGGCGUACAUUGACUACAUCACAAAUGUCAGCCAGUCUGAAGCUUUCCUUGAAAUGAAGCGGUAUGGUCCAUUUGAGAUUGUUGAUCCCGCGGAUAUGGAAAGACUGUGUCAUUUUUUGCUUGCCCUGUGUAUUCAGGGACGGAUUCUAGAUUAA